UUUUGUGUAAAAAUAUUCCCCUCCUAUUCUCCUAAAUUAUCGCCAUCAAUAAUGAUUGUGAGGAUGUGAUUGGCUAUGACAGACAGGUGUGGGAUGCCAGAUGUCCCGCCUACGAAGCACCUGAUUGGCUAACGGUCUGUCUGUCUUUUGAUGGUCGUCACAAAACAGUAGCUUCAAAAUGUUAGCUUAAGUUGGACGAAAACAGAACUGUUUACACAGAAAAGGCACAAAAAGCACCAACUUUAUAACCACCACAAAAAUAUGGAGGGCCCCAAUGAUGAACCUACCCACCUGCCUGAUGAACUUGUACUUCAGAGCAAUGAGACCUCCAGUUUUCUGCCAUGGUGUUUACUCUGAGGCUGCCAAAGGAGGAAAGAGAGGGGAUCCAUUUGUCCCAAGAGGCGAGCAGGAGGCCCGUGGACACAGAAGUGUGUAAGAUGUGGGGCUCCCAUGCACGUGGCCGGUCGAUUUCACCCCACGGCCAGCAGCGAGCCAGCUGAAGAAAUAAAAAGCAUUCCCUGAGCAAUGGAGGAGGACCUCUAUCCACAGCAGGUUGGCCAAGACAUUAGUGACAGCACUUUGGAGACAUGGACCAGGGAGUCUGUGUGGAUGGAACUGGAGGCUUUGGGAAUCCCUAUAGAGGCCCAAACCAGCCAUCUCAUUCAUUACAUGCACCAUGCAUCCUGUCAGACGUACAGGCGGGCAGGACACUUUCACACAAAAAGGGUUUUAAGGAGAAAUGGAAGUGAGAGCAGUGUGGUAGAAGAUGUCUGCGGAGGGAAGGGAUGCGUCACUGGAUUAGUGCUUGAGAAUCUGUCCUAGCCUCUUCCUCCUGAGCUGCUGAGACGCCUCCAGAAGGGCACGACGCCGCUCGCUUUCCCUCCACCAAGCCUUCCACAUGAGCCAGCCAAGCCUUACCUCCCCACCAGGAUGAAGAAAGAAAAGAAAAUGCAUGCUUUAAUAUUUCUCCUCCUGCUUCACAUCACCUUGGGGCAAUCAGACUAUGCUCCGUAUUUUUAUGAUAAUGGACCCAGCAGUACAAAUGGGAAUAUGGCCUUGUUCAGCAUUUCUGAGGAUACGCCAGUUGGAACACAGAUAUACAUCCUUAAUGGCACAGAUCCAGAGUUGGAUCCGGUACGAUAUGGUCUGACUUUUGAAAAGGGCUCAAAAGAAUAUUUUAGGGUGGACCCCAAGUCAGGAAAUGUGACUCUCAUUCAGGAGCUUGACAGAGAGAAACAAGCUGAGAUCUCAGUACUCGUGAGCAUUACAGAUGGUCGCAAUAAAGUAGUUGAGACAGUAAGAGUGUUUGUCACUGACGCCAAUGAUGAGCCUCCUGAAUUUCAAAACCUGCCUUUCAUCAUUGAUAUCCCAGAGGACACUGCUCCAGGGAGCAGCAUCUACAGAGUCCAAGCAGUGGAUAAAGACAUGGGCUCAGGAGGCAGCGUCUCAUAUUUCCUACAGACCUCACCGUUUGCCAAGUUCACCAUCGAUGGGCAUAGCGGGAUCCUCAGGGUCAAACCUGGUGAGACUUUGGACUAUGAGACCACGCCCACACACUUUGUGACAGUGGUUGCAAAGGAUGGAGGAGGAAAGUACAAGGGUAAACACCAGGUGUUGACCUCCACAGCCACCAUAACGAUCAAUGUCAUUGAUGCCCAAGACAUGCCUCCAACCUUCGUAGGAACCCCUUAUUUUGGCUACAUCUACGAAGUCUCAGUCCCUGGCUCUGAAAUAUUCAGCGUGUAUGCUAAAGAUGGAGAUCAAGGCAAUCCUAACCCUAUACAUUACUCCAUUAUUAAUGGUAGUGACGGUGUCUUUGACAUAAAUAGCACCAGUGGAUGCAUCACCCUGACAACUUAUCCAUCCAUGCUGAAAAAUGAGUUAUAUGAAAUUAAAGUCAAGGCAUCUGAGGUGGGAUUAAACAAUCAGCUGCUGGACUAUGACAUUACCAUGGUGACUGUUCGGGUAGUGGAUCUCAACAACCACCCUCCGACCUUUUACGGAGAGAACGGACCACAGAGCAAGUUUGAGGUCACCAUGUAUGAGCAUCCUCCUGCAGGGGAGAUCCUGCGGGGCUUUAAGAUCACCGUCAAUGACUCUGAUCAGGGAGCAAAUGCUAAAUUCAAACUGAGACUAGUGGGGCCGAGCCGAGUGCUGCGAGUGGUUCCCCAGACGGUCCUCAAUGAAGCGCAGGUGACCAUCAUCGUGGAAGACACAUCUGGCAUUGACUAUGAAAAGGGAUCAACUCUUUCUUUCAAGCUGCUGGCAGUGGAGAUCGACACUCCCGAGAGGUUCAGUGCAACAGCUGACAUAGUGAUUAACCUCCUGGACACAAAUGACAACAUCCCCAAAUUCACGUCUGAGUAUUACAUCGCCAGGGUCCCUGAGAACUCUCCUGGAGGCUCCAGCGUUGUGUCUGUAACAGCAAAUGAUCCAGAUUCAGGGCCUUGGGGUGAAGUCAAAUACAUGAUUUAUGGAUCAGGAUCAGAUUUGUUUGCCAUCCACCCAAAAUCAGGCCUCAUCUCCACGCAGCCUUGGACCAGCCUGGAUGCAGAGGUCAGGUCUAAAUACAACUUCUACGUCAAGGCUGAGGAUUCGGAGGGAAAGUACGGCUUGGCUGAAGUCUUUGUCACCGUCCUCGACAUGAAUGACCACUCUCCAGAAUUUGAUGAAGAACUCCUGGAGAAGACCAUGAUUAUUGGCAUACCUGUCAGAGUAGAGGCCGUGGAUGAUGAUGCGGAGUCUCCAAACAACGUCAUCGAGUACUCCAUCAUGACUGCAGAUCCUGACAAUGCAUUUGACAUAAAUGCUGCCACGGGGGAGAUCAAGCUGAAGCCGUACAUCAAGUCCAUGGAGAUUGUGCAGAACAUCACCAAGCUGAAGGACUGCAAGUGGUCUCUGGUGGUCCAGGCCAGGGACAGGGGCUCCCCGUCCUUCAGCACAACAGCCGUGGUCAAUAUCGAUAUCACAGAGGCGACUCCUCUCAAGGGGCCUAUGGCGGCCUUUUUAAUGAAAAGUAGGGACAAUCCUAUGAGAGCUCUAGGCAUGGUCACUGUUAUCAUUAGUGUGUUGGUAGGAGUGACUGUCUUGAUCUCUACCGCUAUGUACAUGCGCAACUCAAAGUCAAACAGGAUCAUGCCAGCACGUCGCAUCAUUAAGAGGCGACCAAGGGACGAGCAGCCCUGGAAUUUCAAGAUGCCCAUUUUCAAAAAUCCAAACGACCCAGCAGAUAAGUUCCUUAUCGGCGACCCUGAAAGCAACACCCAGCGGAACACCAGUAGCCCUCGACCAAAACCUCCUCCACCCAGUGCGCCAUGCCUGCCUCCUCCACCUCCGUCCAACACACGGCUCAGUGAGAGGCCCCGAGCAGUCCCAACAAUCUCUGGUGCAUUGGCCUACAAAGGCUCAAAGAAAGCUAAAUCUAGCCGCCGCAAAGAGGGAAAUCACAGCUCUGCUUUAGUGUCAGAGCUUAAAAUGAAGCUGGAGCAGAAAAUCAUUGAGAACAACCAAGGUUAUUAUUAACUCUGUCAAACAAAUGUCUUGUUUAAGGUUUCCUUGUCCGUUCUUUGACGACUCACUCUACUGCUCCUAGCUCAUGUAUUGUUGGAGAGUUCUCAGCUGAACCUCACAUGAUGAUAAGGUAGGGUUGGCCUACCUUUAAAUUAUUCAGGAUUUAAGGCUAUAAGGGGUAUCACAGGAAGCUUUACAGAUAUUGAUGUCUUAAGAUGGGAUAUUAAACAAGUGGGCUGCGGUGCAUUCUCCGUUGACCCUGCUUAGGUAAAGAGAGGAGAGAGCUCGAGUAUGUCGGUGAUGCAGUUGAAGAUUAUUCACCACACUGCCAUCUUGAGGAAGAUUAUAUCAUCUUAACAACAGUAAGAAGCACUACUGUAAAUUGCCCAUGGAGGGGACUAGUAAGACUUACAGUGUAUACAUAAGUUGAAUAACUUCCUGAAAAGUGUUGUAUUCAAGACCCUGUAAUGUUUUCAACACAGAACUACUGUAGGAUUUCAACCAGUACAUCCUAAAAAUAAAAUAAUUUCUCCUUGCUCAUGUGGAGCAUGCAGCUGAAUGACACGGUCAUGAAAAACAACAACGCUUAUUAUGAAGUGCUAAAGGACCUAUGUGUUGAUAUUUUUACUGUGUUACAUCAGCCGCUCGAAAGCUGAAAAGUUGCUCUUUUGUAUGAUUACAAUGUGCCACUGUAGGUUUUCACAGUAACACAAGCUAACAGAGUUGCUUUUAUUUAUUUUAGUGUGUGCAAUUCUAGAAAAAUGCUUUUAUAUCAAUUUACAUGGGUCCAUUUUAAAUGUACAUAAUUGUAUUGUUUUCAUUAUAUGAGGAUACAUGUGACCAGAUAUGAACAUUUCACAGCUGUAUCUUGUAGCAGUAAAUUACACAAAGUACACAUGAAACCAUCUAACUCCACUACAUUGGACAUUGUUGGUAUAAAGUAGAUGUAUGCUUGAAAGUUUCGAGCUCAGAUUGCUUUGUAUAUAACUGCUUGGACAUUUCCUUUAUAGAUAUAGAUAUUGAAAUAUAGUCUGUGUCAAACAUUUAGGGUUCACGCACAAUUACUUUCCAUAUUACUCUUCAAUGCCUUCAAAUCUAGGCAAAUAAGAUUAGAGUAAUUUCAGCGCUGUUAUACAUAUCUUGUAUCUAACCAUAUCUUAACUUAUAACUAUCUUAUAUAAGUUGAGGUAAACUAUAUAUCUGAACUAUAAAUUACACUUGCCUGGUCCUUUGAAGUAUCAUAUUUGUACCGUCUUUGU